AUGAUGUUGAAAAGUGCAAAAGCAUUGAGGCCGAUGCGUGAAGUGAUCUCAAUACAUAUCGGCCAAGCUGGCGUACAAAUUGGAAAUGCUUGUUGGGAACUCUACUGUUUGGAACAUGGAAUUCAGCCAGACGGACAAAUGCCAUCGGAUAAAAGUAUCGGCGGCGGUGAUGACUCGUAUACAACAUUUUUUUCAGAAACUGGAGCUGGUCGUCAUGUGCCAAGAGCCGUCAUGGUUGACUUGGAACCGACAGUUAUCGCUCAAUAA